CCCAUCAGAAGGGGGAAACAAACUGAAGGGAAAGGAAAUAUAUAUACAUUUGAAUUCAAUGUAAACAACAACGCGAAGCGAGUGCUCUCACCCUCAGUUGCUAGAAUUAGGCCGAUCUGAGCGGAUUGUUUUUUUGGCCGGUGUUUGGUAUGUUGAGCAUCUGGACACCCGUCGCUCGUACUAGGAUACUGCAAAAAUAUCUGGUGCCAAAUCGUCGGAUGGAUUACUUCAUUCGCGGUUGAGAAGAGACGAUGACGUCAUACCAACGCUGAAAAAUGUAGUGCUAUUCCUGUGUGUGACAGCGUACUUUUUUUAAUCGCUAUCGAUAAGGGUUAUUGCUGCGAAACAGGCGAUUACAGAAAAAUUGCUUCCGCUUGAAGUGACAAGUGAGUUCAUCCAUCCAUCCAUCCAUCCAUCCAUCGAACAAGUAUGGAUCUAAGCUUCAAGUGCCCACUGUGUGAGACAUACUUUGCUACAAACGAUGACCUCAAAGAACACGUGAAGGCGAUUCAUACCUCGUACUACUACGAUACCUACCUGGUGCCGCCGGUUUUGAUCUUCCCUGGCGGAACCACAACGGUCGUGGAGAGCGAGACUCCUGCUACGGUUAUCACUACCGAACCGGUUUCUUCAGCGGACGUUUUUAUCGAACCGGCCCCCGUGCCCGAUGACGGUUGCUGCGAGUGUGACUGUUGUGACUGCUGCGGAGGAGAUAUUGGAGCGGACGCGGGUGGUACCGAUGCCGGUGGCUGCGGGGAUUGCGACUGCGAUUGUGACUGUGUAAUUAUGUAGAGCAAACAUAUGCUACAACUUUGGUCUACCUAGAAGUAGUGUGUAGGAAUUUUGGUUAUGCAUUACGCUGGAAGAUUUUACACGCGUAUUUUUUACAGAAGUGUUUUAGCAGCUACUCAAAUUUUAAGCUGUUUUUAGUGAUAAGACUAACAAGAAAACUCGAACUAACAUAGGUAUUAUUCAUAUGUAUUUAUUUUAAAG